GUCCCAAAAUACAUCCCUCGGACCUUGUUUUCUUAUCUGGACUUUGAACUCAAUACAAAGACAGAGUAUUUCUUUGAUGUAUACAUAAAACAUAAGGAAGAUAAAAUUAUCAGUUGAAGAUGAAUUUAUCAAUGGCUACAGUAAAUUGGGUUCCCUCAUUUUCUUCUUCUCAGAAGCAAUUUUUAAUACCCAAAAUUGUGUCCUUUACAAAGCGCCAUUCACUUUCUCCAAGAAAUCAUGGCGUCUUUGCUACCUCAGCUGUAAGUUUUGCUCAAGAAACAUCAACCCAUGAUUCUAUUUCCUCAAAUUCUCUUCAAAAAGAGAAGCUCGGAGUGGUGGUUAAGCCACUGGAGAAACCUAGGCUAGUGUUGAAGUUUAUUUGGAUGGAGAAAAACAUUGGAAUUUCACUAGACCAAGUAAUUCCAGGUCAUGGCACGAUUCCAUUGAGCCCGUAUUAUUUUUGGCCUAGGAAAGAUGCUUGGGAGGAACUUAAAGUCAUGUUGGAGAGUAAACCCUGGAUAUCUCAGAAGCAGGUGAUUAUUCUUCUUAAUCAGGCCACUGAUAUCAUUAACUUGUGGCAACAGAGUGGUGGUGAUUUAGCUUAAGCCUUCGUAGCACAGCAAGAUUUAUCGUGCUGCCACUGUACGUCAUCAUUUUUUUUGUUGCUAUCAUGCUUAUUAUGUGGCAUAUGUUGUUGUAACUUGUUACACAUGAAAGGUCAGUUGAAUUUAUUCAAUUUGCUUGUUCUGAUUU